AUGGAGAAUGUUUGCAUGAAUGAUGCGAGUGAACCUGAGUUUGGGAUGUUAUUCAACUCAGAACAGGAUGCAUACGAUUAUUACAAUAGUUAUGGACGGGCAAUGGGGUUUAGUGUUAGGAGACACUUUGUGAAUAAAAGCAAGAAAGACAACACGACUAUAACAUCUAGGGGAUUUGUCUGUUCAAAAGCUGGGUUUCGGUUGAGUGACAAGCGAGACGUCAAUAUUGUUAACCCUCGAGCUGAGACAAGAACAAAUUGCGAGGCACGAAUGAACAUAUAUUUGGUUGAUGAGGGAAAAUACAAGUGCCGUGACUUUGUGAGAGAACAUAAUCAUGAGCUUCAUACUACAUCAACAGUUCAUAUGAUGCGUUCACAAAGGAAUAUGUUAGACAUACAUAGGUAUGAAAUUGAUUUGGCAGAUGACUCGGGAAUCAGGCCUAGAUCCACAGUUGAGUUGAUGGGUAGGCAUGCUGGUGGGAUUGAAAACCUAAGCUAUAUGACUCAAGAUGUUAAGAAUUAUCUUCGCACUAAAAGACAACGUGCCUUAACAUAUGGUGAAGCAGGUAGUUUGAUGAAGUACUUUGUUACCCAAACUAGGAACAACCCAUCUUUCACAUACUCAUUUCAGCUGGAUAGUGAAGAACAAAUAACUAACAUAUUUUGGGCUGAUCCAAAGAUGAUCAUUGACUACACACAAUUUGGAGAUGUAGUCAGCUUUGACACUACAUUUCGCACCAACAAAGAGUGUAGGCCGUUUGGGUUGUUUGCUGGAUUCAAUCAUCAUAGAGGGUGCACCGUAUUCGGGGCUGCACUUUUAUAUGAUGAGACAGUGGAAUCUUUCAAAUGGUUGUUUGAGGUAUUUGCUGAAGCACAUGGUGGAAAGAAGCCUAUAACUAUCUUCACGGACCAAGACAAAGCUAUGGCUAGAGCAUUAAAAAAAAUGUGGCCUCAGACAUGGCACAGAUUGUGUACUUGGCACUUAAUGCAGAAUGGCAUUACGCAUUUGGGUCAUAUGAUGAAGGAUGGCUCUCAUUUUCUUAAAAAUUUAAAGAAAUGCAUAUACGAAUACGAUGUGGAAGAUGAAUUCGAGACAGCAUUGUUUAAUUUGUUGGACGAGUAUGAUGUUAAGAAUAAUGAAUGGUUGCAGCGCAUAUAUGGGCUUAAAAGUCAAUGGGCGAGGUGUUAUAUGAAAAACACAUUCACAAUAGGCAUUCGAAGUACACAGCUCAGUGAGAGUCUCAACAGUGACUUGAAGGACUAUUUGAAGUCAACUUUGGAUGUUGUGCAAUUUUUUAAACACUUUGAGAGAGUUCUUAACCAGAAGCGUGGUAAUGAAUUAAAAGCAGAAUUUGAUGCACGGAACAAGAUGCCACGACUUGCAAAUUCAAUGUCUAUUGUACAGAAACAAGUUGGGGAACUCUACACUCCUGUUAUUUUUCAGUUAUUUCAAGAGGAAUACAAUUGGAUGACUGUUUGCACCAUUAUAAGUCGAACUGAUGGGAAUCCAUACAUUUAUUUUCGGGUUGGGAUUUAUGAAGCAGACUAUAUAAAGCGUAUUCCUGAAUACUAUAUUUUGAAGAGAUGGACACGGGGAGCAACAAAUAUGGUGGUCAAUGACAGUAGGGGGAAAGAAGUUGAACAAGAUGUCAACUUGGACUGUACGCAACGGUAUAGGCGUAUUUGUCAUGAACUUAUUCAAAUAGCAGCAGAAGCUUCAAAUACAAUUGAGGGAUACGAGUUGGUGAAGGAUACUGCGAAUGAAUUAAGGUUGAAGCUUGGUGAUAUUAGAAACCCAGUUGAUUGCCCUGAUAUGCCAAUAUUGCCUGAUUUCUCAAAUGACAUAUACGAUGGAUUACGUUUGAAGCAUAAAGAGAAAAAUAAAAGAGGUGGUAGACGAUUUAAACUCAGUCAAUCAUUGUCAAGUUCUGCCAUUGCUCAUGAACUCAUAGACCAGGAGCCUAUGCUGUUGUUCCUCACAAAAUUCAACCAAUUUGACCAGAUUCUUAUGAUGGGUGUCUUGCUUGCUGCUGCUAUUUAUUCAUCUGAUGAUGUGGAGAGCAAUGUUUCCACACCUACCAUAAGUUUUAGACUUGGGUUUGAGUCUCUCCCCCACUCUAAGAUUGGGAAAAUUGAUUGGAGGCCUAACAUGAACUUUUUUGAUAGAGGUUGGCCUUUGUAUUGGCGUAAAGGAUCAUCUGGAAAGAACAUUUCCUUGGUAGCUGCUGUGAUUUCCUUCAAGAGGUUCUGCCUGCCUCAUCAGUGUUCUGUUUUCCAGUCCAUGAUGCCGACAGUCUUUUUCUUCCUUCGGCAGAAAUCUUUCUCCAAAAUGUCAAAACAUUUUGAGAAGUUGGAAUUUGAAGCUGCAGAAAUUGCUGAGUGA